CCGGUGGCUGGGAGGGCCGGCACCGCGCCCCAUGCUCAGCCCGUCGGCUGUGCGGGAAAGGCUUGUGCUGCCUGGCCAGAAGCCAGCGCGGUGCCUCCCAGGGCCUGGGCGGCCGCUGCGGAGCGGAAGCGAGGCCACCCGAGGCCCAGCCGUGGGCUCUGGCCGCCGUAGGGCUCUGGUUUCAGGUCAUAGAAUAGUUUGGGUUGAAAGGGACCUUAAAGCCCAUCUAGUUCCAAGGCCCCUGCCAUGGGCAGGGACACCUCCCACUGGAUCAGGCUGCCCAAGGCCCAUCCAACCUGGCCUGGAACACCUCCAGGGAUGGGGCAGCCACAGCUUCCCUGGACAACCUGGGCCAGGGCCUCACCACUCCCAUCAUGAAGAAAUUCCUCCUUAUGUCCAGUCUAAAUCUGCCCCUCUUCAGUUUAUACCUGUUCCCCCUCGUCCUAUCACCACAAGCCUUUAUGAAUAGUCUCUUCAGCUCUCUUGCAGGCCCCUUUCAGGCCACACUGACAGACCAGGUGGUUGGAUUCGGCUUGGUUGCCUUCAGCCUCGUUCUCUUCGUUUACUACACCCUCUGGAUCAUCAUACUGCCCUUCAUCGACAGCGACCAUGGGAUCCACCAGUACUUCUUACCUAGGGAGUAUGCUGUUAUCAUCCCUGUGGUGGCUGGGCUGAUCCUGCUGCUAUUUAUAGGCGUUUUUGUAAUGGUCGUGAUGUGGAAGAGCAGGAAACCUGCCAAGAAAUCGGAUUGAAGGCCCUGCUGAGAGAUAAGGAGAAGGCGCCCACUCUGCAAUGUCGUAUCCAGGAAAAGACUUUGCCUGCAGCACCAGGCAGCACCUCCUCCAGAGCACCCAGCACUGAGCUGGCUGCACUCCCCCACAUUCCUUCCUCCAGAGAUGAAGCCUUCUGUAGUUUACAACUUACUGACCAAAGGGAAGCAGAACUGACCUCCGGGGCUGGUCAAGAGAGGUUCCAGAGCCCCGGCUGUUUGGGACCAGCUCCCCAGCUGGGGCUGCCUGUUCUUGCUGGGCUUUGGCCCCUGCAGGCUGGAGGAGCUGGGAGGUCCCACAGUGAAACUGCCAGAGCACAAGUUGAGCCCUGGCCCCUGCCCACUGCGCGGUCUCUGGGCAGUCCUUCCCCUCAGCUUUUACUGUGUCCAACAGUUUGUUCCUCUGGGAUUUUUUAAAUGUUUACACGUGGUUUGGGGCGGGGUGUUAAUUGGAUUCAAGUUUGAGACGAAAGAAGUGAAACUUUGGGCUUGGAAAAGGCAGGCUGGCGUUCUCCCAUCUGCCUGCUAGAAGGGCUUAUCACAAAACUGGAGGGCUUUUGCCUUUCUGAGGAGGGACCCCCGCAAGGCUGGGUGUGCAGAUGACGCAGGGGCAGAACCACCACUGUCCUCCACGUCUCCUCUUGCAGCUGCCCAGCUGAGGGAGUGGUGAGGAGGUGUCCUGGCUCACAAGGAAGCGUGCAGCUCCACUGCCCUCGGGUGCGGUUCCCAUGGCUGCUGUCAGCUUCUGGCUGGGUUCCUGCCCCCAGUCACGGCUCUGUGGGCUGGGGCUCAGCGGGCAGGCGUGGUGGCACAGUCCUGCUCCUGGGGGCAGCUGUGGUGGUCCGACAGCUCUCCCAAGACUACAAGCGGAAUCACCCUCAAUAAAGGUCUGUAAGCCCUCGGUCACUGACCUCUGCCUGUGCCAAAGGGGUGCCACUGGUUUUCUGGAGUGUUUUCUGCUGUGUGGUCCUGGCAGUGCCCGAUGCUGGGCUGGGGGCAGUGCUGCCAAGGGGCCUGGCAGGGAAGUGCAGGAGAGAACAAGUUUAUCCCUGUGCUGGGGGGUACUUUACCCAGCCUGGGGUGGCUCCAGCAAAAGGAGGGUGGAUCUGGGAUGCUUCAAUCCUUCUUGCAUGUACCAGGAACUGCCCCUGGCAGACAGCAGCAUGUCCCUGUCCCAUCAUCUCCCACCCUGCUGGGGGCAGGUGCCUCUGGUCUUGGGCUGAACCUGGCUGCUAUUUAACCCACUGCAUGGCUGGAGACAGAGGGUGAUCCAGAGGCGAGGCUCAAGCUGGAGGUUUGUUUCCACCUCGGGGAGGCUGCCUGGCUCUCUCGGGGUGUGCAUCCGCGCUGUUUGCCUGUCACCGCACCCUCCCUGAGGCCUCCAUCCCCCAGUUUUCCCUUGCCUGUGUCUUGUGCUGCGCCCUCUCCUGCGGAGGAACACCUCACUCCCCAGCCCCUGGCUCUCGGGACAUGGCCCAGGCCAUCGGGGCAGAUGGGAGCUGGGGCAGGGGGAGGCAAAGAGGGAGGGAAAAUUCAAUCCUGUCUCCAAGAAACUCCAUGGGUGCACCUCGGGCACUGCUUCCCAUGGGAGUCUGGUGGUGUUCCCGUCACCUCUUCAUUCCUCCCAUCUGAAGCCUUAGAAUUGGAAUCACAGAAUCAUAGAAAGGUUUGGAUUGGAAGGGAUCUUUACAGGCCAUCCAGUCCAACUCCCUGCAGAGACAGGGGCAUCUUUGAUUGGAUCGGGUGGCUCAGAGUCCCAUCCAACUUUUAAACACCUCUGGGGACAGAACCUCUGC